AUGGGAUCGUGGUGGCCACUGGCUCUUUUCCUGCUCUUCUGUAAGUGUGUGACAGGUCUAACCACUGGAGAAAUAGUGCUUGAUGGCGUCCCAAGAACUGUGUGGCUGGAAGACAAUGCCACUCCAGGCACUACUGUAGCCAACUUCACUGUCCAAUGUGCAAAUUCUAGCCUUACAGCCAGCGUAAUUCAAAAGAACAUCAGCCCCAUGACCUCUUUUUUCAAUCAACCAAACAUCUUAUCUGAUGGCAACUACCAGGUGAGCCUUGGCCCUAGUGCUGCUUUGGAUUUCCGGCAGGUGAGUCUGUAUAUCUUGACAUACAGUGCACAUUGUGCAGGAGAAUCGGAUGAGUUUCAGCUGUUCAUCAAAGUCACUCCAUCAGACAGAUUAGAGUGCGGCAGCCGAUCUGCUGACAUAGGAAGGGUCCCAUUACAGGUUCCAGAAGAUAUUACUCCGGGGGCAUUUAUCUACAGACCUGUAUUGAAGAGGAGAGGCACACGUACCUUGAAUUUUGCGAUUGAGAAUGCUUCUCUGCCUUUCCAAAUAACUCCAGAUGGAAUAGUGUGUGCACCUCCUGCAGGUUUCAGUCGUGAGCAAGCUAGCAAGAUAUUUUCAGUGGACAUUGUGGUAACAAGCAGCGAUGGGAAAAGCUGCCAGAUACCUCUCUCAGUCCAGGUGCUGCCUGUUUACCAUAACCAAGUCAAUUUCACGGAAUCAUCAGUAGCAAAAUCUGUUUCGGAAAACACAGGUCCCCUCCAGGAGAUUAUACAGGUCCGAGCCAGUGGGGAAAAUGUGCUUUAUCAGAUCAUCUCCCCAAGCACAAACUAUUUCACAGUUGUUCCAGAGACAGGCGUAAUCAAGAACACAUAUAACUUAGAUCUGAAACGCAAUCCAAGCUUAGCUGAAACCCAGCUGUUGGUCAAGGCCUACAACAAACUUCAUCCAAAUGACUAUGCCACCAUCAUGGUCAACAUUACUGUAAAGCAGAAGAACCUUGAAGGACCACUGUGUUCUCCUGCAGUAUUUGUAACUAACAUUCCAGAGACAAUCCCCACUGGAAGCACCCUGCUGACUCUGUCUUGUAAUGAUGCAGAGAAUGGUAAUAGUAGCCUUUGGUACCAAAUGGAAGAUGCACAAAGCCCUCUCUAUAGCUUUCAAAUGGAGGGUCCAAAUCUUCAGGUGAAUACCACUUUGGAUUAUGAUUCAGCAGUUAUGGCCAGUCUUUCUUUCCAGUACCAAGCUGCUAUUCUGGUGAGAGACAAUGGAAGUCCCCCAAGAACCACCAGGGUGCCUGUGCUUGUGACAGUAAGCCCAGUGAAUGAGUAUGCCCCAGAGUGCCUACAACGGUUCUUUACCGUACCAGAGAAUGCUGGCUUUGGUGACAUCUUUGGCAAUGCCAGUGGCACUGACCGAGACUAUCCUUUCAAUAACAUUGAAUACAGCAUCCUGGGGGCAGAGGCUGGAGCUCCUACCCUGUUCUACAUUGGGCGGAACACAGGGCAGCUUUAUGUACUGGGGCCAUUGGACUAUGAAGAGAAGAAGGUCUAUCACCUGACUAUUAGCCUGAAGGACCUAGAUAAUGAUGCAAACCCCCACACUCAGAUGACCACACUGUGCAACAUCACCAUUAAUGUACAGGAUGUGAAUGACAACUCUCCUGUCUGUGACCCACCAUUUUACAAACGUUCCAUAUAUUCCACCCAGGCCAGUACCAUAAGUGUUGUGCAACUGACUUGCACAGACAAAGAUGAACGAAGUGAACUGAUCUACAACAUUGUUGGCGGCAACACAAACGGGCGUUUUCGCAUGGAUGGUAACAGGCUUUUUCCUAACACCUUCUCCUACAACCGCGAUGGUAUUUUUGACCCCCUUACUUUUGAGCUUCUAGUACAAGUGACAGACAGUCAUAGCACACCUCAGUUCAGUACCACAGCUGUCAUUCUAGUCCAUGUGAUCCCCUGGACCACAACUGUGCCUACUACCACCACUACUACUACGGCUGUGGCCAAAGAACCCAUCAUUUUGCACAAAACUAAGGAAUACUGGGCACCAGAUCCCUGGUUUGUGAUUGUUAUUACUCUCACUGGAGUCCUUCUCCUUUCUACUUUGGGUUUAUUGUUCUGGCAGUUCUGCUGGAGAGUUCACACCUCUACUGUUUGGAUUUCAGGAAGACCCCAGGAGAGAUGUCCCAGCCCUUACUGCAGAACAAGGUUAAAGGACUGGAAAGAAAUUACAUCAUGGCAGAAGAACCAAGCAAGGAGAAAGGGAAAGGAUCCACUGAGGUGUUUAGUCUGCCACACCAGUUUGAUGGCCGUGCUCAAGACCCUGUCACAGGCCAGUAUUACCUGUUUGACAGCAGCACUGGAGCACGGCGGUGGGUAUGAGUGUGUCUUGUUCCACUCAAAGAGCUGCAGCCUACAUGCACACAAAUAUGGCGAUGAAGUAAGAUGAAGAACAGGUUUCUUGCACACCUUCAGUACUACAAAAUGCAUUAAUAUAAUCAGUAAUUGUCUGUGCAUGUGCCUUGGGGAAGGUAAUUGCCUUCAAAUCUCUUCUCCCUUAAAGAACUGUACAAUAACAAAUUAACCGAAAUUACCCAUAAAACUGUAAUUGAAAUGUUCUCUUUCUCUCUUUCUCUCUGUAAGUUAUCUAAGUACUUCUCAAUAUUUUUUGUUGUGGGAGGGUUCUGUUUCAUAAAAUUGUUUUUAUAAAGUUUUUAUAAAGUUCUGUUUAAUAAAGUUUUAUAAAUUUUUCAUAAUAUUUUAAAAAUUGUAUACCAAUUUCUUUUGUUUCCCAUGCUGGGACACCAUGUUCCAUCGUAAUCAUUGGAAUCACUAACUGAAACAUUUUUUAGUACCUGAGCUAAUAAUUUAAAGCAUUUGUUUCCAAAUUUGUGAUUUUUGUUUUAAAUAGAGCAAUUAUAUUGAUAUUUUAUUAAUUUCUAAACUUUAAAAUUCUGCCCGCUUGUGAAUUAACUCUUUGCAUAUGUUUAAACUUCCUAACUUUUUAUGUCUUUUUUCAAGACUUAUUAUUUCCUUUAAUAAUUUCCUUUCUAAAGCAUGCCAUUUUUGACACCUGAGAGUUUACUGAUAUAAAUGCCUCUGGCAUCUGCCUUCAUGGCAUCCCACACAUUUGCAAUGGAGUUAUAAGCUGUUUUAUUAAAUUCAAAAUACUGUAUCAUUUAUCUUUUAAUCUUGUCUACAUGGUGUGGGUGUUGCAAAAGAAGAGGAUGUAGUCACCAAGCAUGUGUAUGGGGUCUAUCUAUUGGUAAUUUCAUCUGUAAAAAUAAAGGAGAAUAGUGUGGAAAA